UCAUCCUCCUCUCUCUCUCUCUCUCUCUCACUCACUCACUCUCUCUGUCUCGCUCCCUCUGUCUCUCACUCCAUUCCUUUGGGCUCUGCAUCCUUCUUGCUUCUUCUCACAAGUCAGAUUGUGUUUGUAAGUACGUGCUGAAUGUCUUCGUGUGGAUGCUUGGGUUUCCUUAACUAUUUUUUGUGUGUGUGAGUGACUGCUUGGUUACUUUAGAGUGAGUUAGUGGAGCAGUGAGGUGUAUCAAGUGUAUGUGGGUCUUUGUCUCACCCUCACACACUCGCCGCUCCUCUUGCAACUCUUCUUGGGAUCUGUGGAUCCCUUUCCUCGGUGACAGGCUCCCCACACCAAGCAGUCACCAUUUCCGCCCCCGGGAGACCCACGCUGGCAGCGCAGCCUCUUCCCCGACUCAGCAUCGGGAGGAAGACCCUGGUGGCGGCUGCCGUAGGGGUUAUGCUGGUCCUGGUGCUGGUGGUGCUCAUCCCCGUGCUCGUCAGCUCCGUGGGUACAGAUGCCAGCCACUAUGAGAUGCUGGGCACCUGCCGUAUGGUGUGUGAUCCCUACAUGAACAAAGGCACUCCAGCCAGCAGCACGAGCUCAACCGGUCUUCAGGCUGAGGCAGAGGCGUUGAGUGACCACAGCAAUGUGCUUCCACCCUCCACCUUACUGCAGGGCCCACAGGGGAAGCCUGGCAGGCCAGGCAAACCGGGACCACCUGGACCGCCGGGAGAACCAGGGCCACCAGGGCCACCAGGACCAGCUGGACCUCCUGGUGACAGAGGAGAUCAAGGAAGGACUGGGAUUUUGGGUCUGGGGGGUAACGGAGCUAUCAGCACAGCCACCUACAGCACAGUACCUCGGGUGGCCUUCUAUGCAGGGCUUAAAAAUCCCCACGAAGGCUACGAGAUCCUCAAGUUUGACGAUGUGGUCACCAACUUGGGCAACAACUAUGAUGGCAUUUCGGGCAAGUUCAUCUGCAGCAUACCGGGUACAUACUUCUUCAUCUACCAUGUGCUGAUGAGAGGAGGGGACGGCACAAGCAUGUGGGCAGACCUCUGCAAGAAUGGCCAGGUUCGUGCCAGUGCCAUUGCCCAAGAUGCUGACCAGAACUAUGACUACGCCUCCAACAGCGUCAUCCUCCAUCUGGAUGCAGGAGACGAAGUGUACAUCAAACUGGAUGGAGGCAAAGCCCACGGUGGCAACAACAACAAGUACAGCACCUUCUCUGGCUUCAUCCUCUACGCAGACUGAGAACACACAGACACAGAGACAGUCAGACAGGAAGAGACUCAGACUAAGUGUAGUAUGACGGGGGGGAGGGGGUGUAUGUGUUAAAAGCCUGGAAUGCUUUCUAGUUUUCCUAAUUCUCUCCAUCAUCACGGACACCUCUGCUUCGUAUCCAUCAGUCAAGACAUCCAGGUUCUGUAGCCAAGUCUGGAUGCAAAGCUCCUGAGGACUGAGAGGAGCUCGGUUGGGCGUGUGUGGGAGGAGUGGGAUGUUAGGUGGAGGUGGGCCGGUUUUUUCCACACUCCUUGCCACAGUGCCACUGGUCAAAAGCUCCUCACUCUCAGUGUCUCUCCUCUUUAGCCCUGCUCCAUUGCACAGAAAUAUCAACAAAUAUGAAAACCCUGCUAAGUGGAUGAUCUCACCUCUUCUCUCCACAGCGGCAGCAGUCAGCUGCAGUAUCAGUGGACUGAAGUGACUGAAACUUAUAGUGUUGUUCCGUGAAAUUUUCCUUAGAUUGUGUUUUCAUUUUGUAGACAUGCAUAAUAUUCAACACGAGCAAGAUUUUAAAAAAAAGUAAUAAUAAAAGAGAAUAUAUUU